CCCCGCCAUGGCGGCGGCGGCGGCGCGCUGCGCAUGUGCAGAGCUCCAUGGCGAGACAAGGGGGCGAGCGCGCACAGGGCGGCCUGGCAGAGCGAGGCCUGGAAAUCGUAGCCUCGGCUUAAAGGCAGAGAGGCGGUCGGACGCGCUUCGGAAGCGGCCGCAGCUCGGCCCCGACGCGGGGCAGGUCCUUGAGCCGCUCGGAAACGGGCUCUGCAGGGCUCUGAAAACCGCUCUCUGAAGCGAGAAACUCGGGAGGAAAAUCGGAGACCUGCUCUUCUGAUGCCUGACGGAGCAAAGAGAUGAAGGGACAGCAGAAAGCAGCCGAGACGGAAGAGGGCACGGUGCAGAUCCAGGAAGGUGCAGUGGCCACAGGCGAGGAUCCCACCAGCGUCGCCAUUGCCAGCAUCCAGUCUGCAGCUACUUUCCCCGACCCCAACAUCAAGUAUGUCUUUCGCACAGAGAACGGCGGGACGCAGGUGAUGUACAGGGUGAUCCAAGUGGCCGACGGGCAGCUGGAUGGGCAGACAGAGGGCACCAGUGCCAUCAGCGGGUACCCGGCGGCACAGUCCAUGACACAGGCCGUCAUCCAGGGCGCCUUCACCAGCGAGGAUGCGGUGGAGACGGAGGCCACGGCCACGGAGACUCACUACACCUACUUCCCCACCACGGCCGUGGCUGACACCAGCACGUCUGCCGGGGCGGGGACCACGGCCACCGCCGUCGUCACCACGCAGAACUCGGAGGCCCUCCUGGGGCAGCCCACACCCACGGGGCAAUUCUUUGUGAUGAUGUCGCCCCAAGAAGUCCUGCAGGGUGGAGCGCAGAGAUCCAUCGCUCCCCGCACCCAUCCCUACUCCCCGAAAUCAGAGGCGCCGCGGACAACCCGGGAUGAGAAACGCCGAGCGCAGCACAACGAAGUGGAGCGCCGGCGCAGGGACAAGAUUAACAACUGGAUCGUGCAGCUCUCCAAGAUCAUCCCAGACUGCUCUAUGGAGAACACCAAGUCGGGGCAGAGCAAAGGCGGGAUCCUCUCCAAAGCCUGCGACUACAUCCAGGAGCUGCGACAGAGCAACCACCGCCUCUCCGAGGAGCUGCAGGGCCUCGAUCAGCUCCAGAUGGACAACGAGGUCUUGCGGCAGCAGGUGGAGGAUCUGAAGAACAAGAACCUGAUCCUGCGGGCACAGCUCCGCCAGCACGGUGUGGAGAUCGUCAUCAAGAACGACAGCCACUGACGGGGGCCAGGGAGGGCGACUGGCGCCGCGCGGGGCUGGGGACUCUGGAGGGGCCGGCGGCCAAGGACGGCGCCACCGUGCCCGCGGCCGCCCGGCAGCGAGACUGGCAGCGCCCCGCGCCACCCCCCGACCCCGUCCCCGUCCCCGAAUCGAGCCACCGGCGCCCGUUAGCGAGUACCUCCUCGGUGUGACAUAAGGACCCUCCCGUUUUUUGGUUUGUCCCCGUCCCCUCCCCGCCUUGCCCGUGUUGUCCCCGCCGGCGCCCGGCGUCACCGCUCCCCGUCUCACGCCUUCCUCCCGCCCCCAGCCCGCGCUUCGUGCACGCGCGCUCGGCCCCGGGCGCCGGCCCCGGCUCCCGCUGCCCCUCUGGCACUGCCUUCCCUUUCCUCCUCCUCCUCCUCCUCCUCCUCUUCCUCCUCCGUCUUGCUCCCCGGCCCAGCCAGCGCCACAGGGUUGGGGGGGGGACACGGCGGGUGCCCCAGCGGCUCUGGCAGCGGCCAGAUGGGCUCUGCCCCCUGCGGCACCCGCUCAGGGUGCUGGGGGCGGCCAGAGCACCCCAUUCUCCCCUGCCAGCUGCGGCUGGCCCGGCCCUGCCGGCACAGACUUGUUUUUUUUUUUUUUCUUUUUUUUUUUUUUAACUCUCUGAAUUUAAAAAAAGCAAAAAUAAAUAAAAAAAAUAGUGA